AUGAUAUUCCAAUUAAACAAAGCUGUGUAAUCGUUGAUUCGUAAUUCGUCUUAUCUCUCUAUUGGCUUAAUUGUUUGCGCGCAAGUGUCGCAAUUUGAAAUAAUCGAGUAUAUAUACGUAUAAUAUGUAUUGUAUUGUAACCAGUGAGUCUCCCUCUGUAGUGUCCAUAAAAAAACAUUGGAUAGAUAGUCACUGAGGAACACUGGUCGAAUAAAUGCUCUGAAGCGUUGGAAACACGGAAGGCAUUGCAAAGAUGCGCGAAAGUGACUUGUGAUCGUGCUUGUGAUGAUCCAGCGUAGCAAGACGUAUUGAAAUUAAGGUUAAUUUUUUUCCCCAUUCCCGAACUAACUACCCAAAUGAUCAUUCGGUUAGCUGGUUGCUCAAGUUUUAUAAGCGUCUCAUACUGUAGUUGAUAAGCAUUUAACAAAAAAAAAAAGUUGAAAAGGCAUACUUCAUUACACAAUUUCACACAAGUCAAAAUCGAAACCAACUAUGGCAGAUCUUAGAAUUGGAGAGUUAUCUCCUGAUCAAACAGAAAAAGUUCUUCAAUUUCAGGACUUGACCGGUAUCGAUGAUUUGUCUGUGUGUCAAGAUGUUCUACAUCGUCACAAUUGGAACUUGGAAGUAGCUGUACAGGAGCAACUCAACCUGUACGAAGGAAGACCCUCCAUGUAUGCGCAAGAUUCACGGUCUCGGCCACCGCCAGUCAUUGAUGAUACGGGAUUUCGAAUUUAUUUUAACCCUCCAAACACUUCGGAUAAUGGCGGCAGUUUAUUCUCUUAUAUUUACACAUUGUGGUGCAAUAUUGUCUCUAGUAUCGGACAACUACUCCUUGCUAUAUUUCGCUCAGACAUUAGACCUAUAUCCUCGGAUCCUGUGGAGGAUGUUGUAAAUUUCAUAAGAGUAUAUGAGGAGCGCUACGGAAAUAUCCAUCCUGUAUUUUAUCAAGGAUCCUACAGCCAAGCUAUUUCUGAUGCAAAACAGGAGCUCAGAUUCUUACUAGUUUAUUUACACAAAGACGAAGCUCAAGAUAUUGAUCAAUGGUGCAGAAGGACUCUGGGCGAUCCAGAGGUGGUGAGGUUUAUCAACACUCGAACACUAUUCUGGGCAUGUAACGUCCAGUCUGGAGAAGGCUAUAAGGUUUCAGAAGCUCUUAGGUCAGGCACUUACCCUUUCCUUGCCCUUAUUGUUCUCAGGGAUAACAGAAUGACUAUCGUUGGGCGCAUGGAAGGUUCACCUACACCAUCUGAACUGAUUCCUCGCCUGCAAACUAUUAUGGAAAAUAACGAAAUAGGUCUUAUUCAGGCAAGACAAGAUAGGGCAGAACGUAGUGCAACUCAGUCUCUGCGUCAGCAACAAGAUGAAGCUUAUGAGGAAUCAUUAAGAGCUGACCAAGAGAAGGACCGACGAAGAGAAGAGGAGCGAAGAGCAAAAGAAGAGAAAGAAGCCAAGGAAAAAGAAGAACUCAAUGCUCAAGAGCGGGAAAUUCAAAGAAUUCGUCAAGAGAAAGAGCUCACAGUUAAGAAAGUUCCAUUAGAGCCCAACCUUUCUAACCCUAAUGUGUGUCAUCUUCAAAUAAAACUCGGCGAAAGAACUAUGAAAAGAAGAUUUCUAUUGUCUGACACAACCGAGGACGUGUACCAUUGGAUAUUCUGUCAGCCAGAUUCGCCAGCUAAUUUUGAAAUUACAACUAGUUACCCAAGAAGAAUUCUUUAUCCAGCCAACAUUAUACGGACAUUGGGUGAAGCUGGAUUAACACAGCGAGAAGUGCUACACGUUAAUAAUUUGGAUGAUUAACACUGACCAAUAUACCUACCUACAUUCACUAUUUUCGGUGUCACUCCGAGGAAUGAAUGAUUCAGCGGAAAGAGACGUUUACUGAAAGAUAAUAUAUAUUUGAUACAUUCUAGUAUUUUACAUACUACGCCACUGCUACACGGUAGUAAAAAAAAAAAAAACUAUCGAGAGAUAUAUAAUUAUUGAAGAUUUGAAUAUGUUAAGCUUUACAAAAAGCUUCUUAAUGUGUAUAAUAUUUCUACAGAGAUGUACUAAAUUAAUAUAGUAGAUACUUAACCAUUUCUUCCUGCGUCACCUACAGGCAGAUUUUUAUACGUGAUUCAUUGGGUCACCUUGCUCUUUCUACAAAUAUGCUUCUAAACAUCACAAUCAUUUCUAUCUCCUAGAGAAAAAAUUAAUUUUGCACAGCUAUGAAUUAGUCAAUUAAACCAUUAUGGAACAUAAUAUAUCACUCGAUGCUUCGACCCAUACAAUAACGUAUUGUUUCUCAGUUACUUCAAAACGAAAUAGGCACCCAUUUAAAAAGAAAUCAGGGAUAUUGUGGAGGUUUAGGCUUAAAAAAUACAUGCGUUACUCGGCGAACACUAUGGACUCGAAGUAUAAAAGAUGCAAGCUAGUCCUAAUUAAGAAAAAGAUACUUGAAUUACUCAAUCCUUAUAACAAAAUUAUGUUAUAUUUAAUAACGGCGGUACUCUUUACAUCGAGUCUUAUUAUCGAACGUUAUAAGCCUGAUUUUAGAUGAGAUUUUACUUAAAAUUAUUGUACCGUAACAUGCCUACGGAAAAGUAUAUAUGUAAUUAAAAAUUUACCGUAUGAAUAAAAACUGAAAGUUUUCAUUGCAAAUCU